GUCUGUGGUUCUUUAUUUGGCGGCAGCGGCAUCUCCAAACUUCAGGACUCACAACAGCGGAGGUCACAGUAGUGGAAAGAAUGACAAAACACAGCAGUCGUCAGCAAAAACGUUCUGAAAAAGUGUCAACACACAAAGCCAAAGCUGUGAAGAGUAAUAAGAAAAAGUCCCAGUCUUCUUCAAACCCACAGUAUGAAAAGAGCACCGUGAUUCUUGAAGGUGUCGAUGUCCCUUGUGUCCUUGUUUCGUCUCCAAAGAAACAGAAUCAUGUUUCAGAGGCAAAUCACACGGAGGUUUCUUCCACACAAACUCCUCAGUCCAAUCCUGUAUGGGGUCCCUGUAACGUUUGGGUGAAGACUGCUGGUCAUAAAAAGAGCAAAUGUUUCCAGCUCAAACAUCCCAGAGUCAACCCCAACACGAGAUCCAUCCUGAUCGACUGGCUAAUGGAGGUGAGUGAGGCGUACACUCUACACAGACAGACCUUUUAUUUGGCGCAGGAUUAUUUCGACCGCUUCAUGUUGACGCAGAAAAACAUCGAGAAGAAUCUUGUGCAGCUCAUUGGGGUCACCUGCCUCUUCAUCGCCGCAAAGAUGGAGGAAGCCUGCCCUCCCAAACUCUCCCAAAUGGCUUAUGUUACUGCUGAAACCUACUACGAAGACGAGAUUCUUGAAAUGGAGAUGCUCAUUUUGAAUGCCUUAGAGUGGAAUCUCUCCCCAGAAACGGCAGUCUCGUGGCUCCAGCUUUAUUUCCAAAUGGUUUCUAUGAACCCAAACUCAGAUCUGAUGGAGCCACAGUUCCCCCAGGACACAUAUGUGCAAAUGACAAAGCUUUUAGAUUUGUGCAUCAUCGACAUAAACUCUAUGGACUUUGAGUACAGAGUUUUAGCUGCUUCUGUUUUAUGUAAUUUUGUGCCGCAAUCCGCUGUGGAAAAGGUUUCAGGUUUGUCCAAAGACGUUCUCCAGCCCUGUUUGAAGUGGAUGGCUCCUUUUAUGAAGGCAGCUCAACUCUUUGGUAAAGUUCCACUGAAGGACUUUAAAAAUGUGAAGCCAGAGGACAGACACAACAUCCAGACACACACAGACUACCUGGGCAUGCAGAUGAUCGCAUGUAAAGACCAGUAAAAAAAUGUCUUAACUCUCCCAAACCGCUCAGAGAAAAUGCACUGAAAAUGAACAACCAACAAAGUAUCACAGGACUGAUAAAAGGAAGCAACGCCAAACCUGAACUUGAUGUGAAACCUUUUUUUUUUUAUUGUGACCAAAGACUUUUUGCUGCUUUAGUAAAAAUGUAUUUGUGUGUUAAAUGUGCAAUGUUCCUAUCAGAUGUUCUUGGUUUCAGGGUGAUUUGAAUUGUAGUUUUAAAUAAUUUUAACAGUGUAUAUAGAUAGAUUUUCUCCUAAUUAUGUGCAUUGUCUUAAAGGUGCUUUGUGUAACUUUUCGCCAUGUAGAUAUUAUUGCUUUGUCUGGAAUGUUUCACAAUAUGGCAUUAAACCUUUCUAUCUUCACGGACAACAAACCAGACUAAAGUACAAGGUCAGAUCUGUGGAGAGGCAAACCCGCUCACAGUAUGUUUUUGUAGGUAUUUUUAAGCUAUAAAAUCACUUGUAAUUGAGUAAAUGUAAAGUAGAUACUGUGGAACAUUCCAGACAGAAAAAUGACACCCCCAUAGAAACAAGCAGGUGAUGGACUCUCCUCCAGCAAAGUUACACAAUGCACCUUUUAAAAUAGUGCGCUGUAAUGAAAUAACUCAGGGUAUUAAUUGCUUUUUGAAAUGAAACAAAUGUACUGCUGUAUUUAUAAAAGAGGUUUAUUUUAUAACACAAAAUAAAUGUACAUCUUUUUUUUUUUUUUUUUUUUUAGAAAUACAGUUUGGCCAUGGCUUGUAAAAAACGCUUUUUCCUCUUCUGAGCAGCCAGUUGUAGCACCUCCUCAGGGUUACUGGUGUUAAGCUCACUCUGUCCAAUUGCUUUGACCUGGAAUAAAGGGAAAAUGUAAAGAAACUACAAAAACGUGUCUUUAGGAUCCGUCAGUUUGAGAUUUGUCCAAAAGGCAGGUACAUUUUCUGAAGCUAUACAGGGUAUUGAAUUGCCAAGGUUAUAACUGUAAGGUUUAUCUUUUUUUUUUUGUGGAUAAAUCUACUUCAGUGUAAUAAAUAUUCAUAAUAAGCAUUAA